ACUGGUUCCCUGGAGAACCACCUGUAGCCUGAGCCGGCAUGGUCAGGGCAGUCUCCUUCCCUGGUGGGCAUGGCAGCCAUAGCUGUCUAGAAUAAUGGAAGUCUAAAGCACAGUGGUGACACUUGUUUAAUGCUGUAACGCUUGAGGCUGAAUUUUUAGAAAUUCUUAGAGUUGGUUUAGUUUGGUGCACAUUGGUGGCCUUGUGUGACCCACUCUAUUUGUUUUAUCAUGGAACCCCGCUAGGAAGCAGACUUGCCGCCAAGACAAGUGCAUAGGUGAACCCAGUCCGGGUGUCAAAAGUGCACUGCAGCUUUGUCUCGGCAAAAGCGAACGCAGAUUUACUUUAUUGGCCAUUCAUUUUUGACAUGUGUGGUUUCUGUUAUUGGUUGUCCCUCUGACUAGCAGCUGUUAGGGGAUGUGUUAGAAUUAGGGCUUCUGGUGGUGUAGAUGCUCUGAAUCCGGUUGCUCUUUGCAUCCCAGCACUUGCCCCCCUCGUCUGAUGAUCAUUGCUCAGUUGUGUCUGGCUUUUCUGUCCUCUGCCUGGGGUGCAUGCUCUGGAUGCAAGGAUCACUUCCUGAAGUGCUGUCAUGUGUCCUUCCACCAGGCAGGUGGAGAUGACAGACUGACCAGGCUUCAGAGCUGUUGACAAAUUUGGUUCAUAACUGUGUUUUUUUUUCAUAACCGCUGGAAUAAUAUAUGGGCUCAAUAUUUUUUUAACUUCUGCUUUUAUAGAUAGAGCUUUCAAAUCAAACCAACAAUUUCUAAAUCCGUGUCUGUCUUCUUUGCUGAGUUACAGUUGGAGCGUGUUAGGUACCCAUCAGACUCCAUGAGUGAUGGAUGCUCUUAGAUUUUAACGUAUGCAAACAGAACUGGUUCAGUUGCAGCAUCAAACUGUCCUUGGUAAUACUGACCUUGAAAUGGAAACUUGGCACCAAAUUUAUUCAGGUAGAAACUUUUUCGUUCAAUUGUUUCUUCCUGCUGUUAACUGAAGAAUAUGUUUAUAAAACUUCAUUAUAUUAAGUUGGAUACCAAAGGGUUAAAUAUACACCUGUAUUUCUUUUACCUAAGAUACUUUCUAUGUUUGCUAAUGCUUUGUCUGUACAAAUGGACAUUUAGAAAUGUUUUUUAUCUUUUUUUUAAUGAUUCCAUUUAUUUGCUUAUUUCCAUCUAGGAAUAGUUACUAAUGUAUUUGUGAUACAGCAUACCAAAUUUUAAAGUAACCAGAAUCGUGAGUUGACGGUUUUUAGUCCGUAUGUUAAAUUUCGUUGGAAUAUUGACAUUGGAAUUGGCUUCAUGCUGAAAAGACCGAGGGAGCAUAGAGGGCAGUGCUGAGCAGCUGCCUGCGCAGGGCGUCACGGGCCAGCGGCGCAGCCCAGCUCCUGCCCAGCACCUCAUGCGUGUGUGUAUCUUAAUCCGAUGUUGCCUGCAAAUGUGAUCCCGUAUGAGUUAUAAGUUUCCAUGUAUGAACCAUUGCCCGUUUUAAGUCACACAGAAGAUUCUGAAUCUGUAAAAACUACACAUGUCAAUGUUUUCCAGCUACGUAAUUCGAAUUGACUUGAUUUUUUCAAGUAAUCCUAGAAAGGGGGAGCAUUCCAUAUAGAAACUGCUGAGACUGCCACAGGUGCUUCUCCGAAACCUUACGGUUGUGGCAUUGAAUGCUCAGUAUCGCUUCUUUCUGCACACAAGGCAUACUGUUGAGCCUGAGAAACGCCAGCGGCCUGACGGCAGCAGACCUUGCCCAAACCCAGGGCUUCCAAGAGUGCACCCAGUUUCUCUUGAGCCUCCAGAGGUGUCAGCUGAGCCGUUUCUGUCAGAAUGGCGCCUUGAGUGGGGGUCAUGAGAACGUGUUUCCCAGUCACGUUAGUGGGGGAACAAACCGAAAGAGGUGCUUGGAAGACUCAGAACACUUGGGUGUGAAGAAAGCUAGAACCGGAGCUCCAGGCCUGGACUGUGCCAUGCCGCUCGUGAAUGGCGAGCCGGAAGAGGAGGCGGACAGAAUGCACGUCGAUAGAGAGUUUGCCGCCGUAACAGAUGUGAAAAACAGUAGCUCCCUGUCGAGCACACUGACAAAUGGCGGUGUCAGCAAUGGACACUUGGACUUCCCCAGCACGAGCCACCUCAAUGGAAUGGACAGCAGGAGUGACCUGUGCGUCACAGGAGCUGAAGGGCUCAGCAGUGGACCAGCUCCUGGACAGCCGUUCGCCGGCGGCCAGGGCACAGUGGGUGCUAACGGGACCGAGGAGCCAGAAAAGACCCUGAGCGCCAGCCCCGAGAUGUGCGGCACUCUGCACCUGAACGGGAGCCCGAGCAGCUGCGUGGCCAGCAGGCCGUGCUGGCUGGAGGACUUGGACCUCGGGGCGAGCUUGCACUACGGGUACUACCACGGCUUCGGCGACACGGCCGAGAGCCUCCCGGAGCUGAGCAGCGUGCUGGAGCACUCGAGCUGCGUGCAGGUGGAGCAGCGCUAUGCCAGUGCCGUGCUGGGCACCCUGCACCUGCACCCCGGCUCCUGAGGGUGCGGUAGCCUGGCCCUUGGCUUCCCGAGACCCCGCAGCCCCCGUGGGUGCUGGGUGUGUGUGUUGGGUGUGUCUGGCAUGUGACCACCGCCCUUUUAUAAAACACACGUUUGAAGUUUGGUUUUUCUGACACCAGUCUCAAUGUUUUUUUUAGAUACAAUCACCGAGAAUUGUCCUUUUUCUUUUAUAUGCUCAAUUCUGUCCAGAUGAGGGGCCUGGUCACAUCUCUGCUCACCUUUUGAAGGACGAGCUUACAGCUGCUUCCCUGUAGCAUUAGCGAUGAGUAGGCCUCUGCGAGUGGGCCCUGAGCACCAGUCCCUGCUGAAUGCCGCCCUUCACGGUGGAAACCCUUGGUGCGCCUGGCCCUUGCUGACAGAAGCCGAGCGCUGCCAUGGGCUCCGGAAGAACGGCUCACGCGGCCAGCGCGUCUGGACUCCACAUUUCCCACCUGGUCUUUAGAGUUUUUACCACAGAAAAUGGUUUCCUUUGUAUGUAGUGGAAGUUAGUAUUUGUAGGAAGUGUCAGGUUAAAAUAUUUACCUAUUUUGACAUUUUUUCCUUUGUUUUUGUUUUUGGGGUUUUCUGCUUUCAAAUAUAUACCACUAUAUAUACAUAUAUAUAUACACACACACAAUUAAUUGAGAGAAUUUUUAACCUCAAAGUAAAACAGCGUUAAGUUCAUGGUUUUAUAGAAAUUAGCUUUGGUUUAGCAGCUAGUGGUGACGCUGUGCAAAUUGUAAUGAGUUUCUACUUUUCUGAUUUUUGUAAUAACAAUUGGUGCCAAUAGAGAAAAUGUCAGAUGAAAAGCUGAUGUUCUGAGUGUACUCACAUUUCGUUUUCAGCUGUUCCUCACAGAGCGAAUAAAGCCAGCAGUUGGUUGUC